GCUCUUAUCAGAAGCCGGGCGAAGAAGAAGAGGAACGGUUCCAAUUGGAUGAUAAAUAGUCGUUGAAUUGUAAUUAGUCAGCACAAGCAAACUGUUUUAGCCGGUAAGACCUCCAAUUUGCGAUGCGGUGGCUUUGGAUUCCUGCCACCUGUCUGCUGUUUACGAUUUUCAAUCUAAAUGCAUCCGCCGUCGAAGAUGAAAUUCCUCUGAACCCUGAUAAAUCCAAAGAAUACCCUUUGUUUGAGUAUGGAGAGGUGAAAAUACCCACACCUACCAGGGGAUUACUGUAUCCCAGGGAUUCGGAGACCCGCGAGGUGCGCAGAUUGGAUGGAAUGUGGCGCCUGGUCAGGAGCGACCCAUCAGAUCCCCUCGAGGGAAUCAGGGAAAAGUGGUUUUCGAAUAACCUGAGAAAGACUGGAAGGCAAAUCAUUCCCAUGCCAGUGCCCGCCUCCUACAACGACAUAACCACGGAUAACUUGCGGGAUCACGUGGGAACCGUGUGGUACGAACGAACCUUUUUUGUGCCCCGCUCCUGGAAGGUGAACCAACGCACCUGGCUGCGCUUCAGCAGCGUUCACUAUUCGGCAGUAGUUUGGAUCAAUGGCAGGAACGCCACAAGUCACUCGAUUGGCCACCUGCCCUUCGAAGCGGACAUCUCGGGAUUGGUCAGCUUUGGAGCGGAAAACCGGAUCACGGUGAUGUGCGAUAAUCGCCUGGGCAGCCGCACCAUUCCCCAGGGUUUGGUUUAUGAGGCAAACACGGAUCACGGAUCCGAACCCGUCCAGAGUUACACCUUCGACUUCUUUAACUACGCGGGAAUCCACAGGAGUGUUCACCUGUACACCACCCCACUGCUCCACAUCAGCGAUGUGAAGGUCACUACCCAACUCACAGCUGAGGGAUUGGGCCGCAUAGACUAUCGCAUUUGGGUGGAUGGCAGCCAGGAGGGUCGCCGCAUCCAGCCCACUCAUCUCCUGGUGCAAUUGAGGGACAGAGAUGGACAAGUGGCCGUCCAUCAGAUCAACAAAGCGGUCUACCAUGGUACUCUUCUGGUGCCUAAUGCCAAUCCCUGGUGGCCAUAUCUAAUGCAUCCUGAUCCUGGCUACCUGUACGACCUCCAGUUUGAACUCUAUGUGGCCAGCAAUGAGGAGGAGGAGGCGGAUGCCCUGCAAGAUGCCUACCGCCUGCCAGUGGGCAUUCGCAGUCUUAGUUGGAGCAACGACAGCCUACUGCUUAAUGGUAAACCUCUCUAUCUGCGAGGAUUUGGGCGUCACGAGGAUUCCGAUAUCCGCGGCAAGGGACUGGACAACGCGCUCCUGGCUCGCGACUUUAACCUGCUCAAGUGGAUUGGAGCCAAUGCCUAUCGCACCUCGCAUUAUCCUUACUCCGAGGAGUCCAUGCAGUUUGCCGAUAAGCACGGCAUCAUGAUUAUUGACGAGUGUCCUGCUGUGAACAUUGACAUCUUCGAGCCGCAGCUCCUGGAGCAGCACAUGUCCUCGCUGGAGCAACUUAUCCACAGGGACAGAAACCAUCCCAGCGUAGUGGCCUGGUCGGUGGCCAAUGAGCCACGAUCCCAUAAGCAGGGAGCCCUUAAAUAUUUCAAAUCUCUGGUGAACUUUACGAGAAGCAUUGCUGAUGGACGUCCUCUAACGGCGGCCAUCAAUGCCAAUUCCUCCACCUGCCAUUUGGCGCAGUUUUUGGACAUCGUGGGCUUCAAUCGCUACAACUCUUGGUACCAAAACUCGGGACGCACUGACAUGAUUGUUAACCUGCUCACGAAUGAGGCCCAGAGUUGGCGGGAUAAGUUCGGCAAGCCAGUCAUCCAGUUUGAGUAUGGGGGGGACACCAUGGAGGGCAUGCACUCGUUACCCGCCUUUAUUUGGUCAGAAGAAUAUCAGGUGGAGCUCUUUUCCCGGCACUUCAAGGCCUUUGAUGAACUUCGUGAAAAGAAGUGGUUUAUUGGAGAGUUCGUGUGGAACUUUGCCGAUUUCCGAACUGCGCAGACCAUUACCAGAGUAGGCGGCAACAAGAAAGGCGUCUUUACUAGGAACCGGCAGCCCAAAGAGGUGGCCCACCUCCUGAGAUUGCGCUACUUUGCGUUGGCCAAGGAGUUGGAUCAAUGCAUGCUUCCUCGGGACCUAACUGUGUAUAUUUCCAAGCAUAUCCAUAACGAACUUUAGAUCAGGGAUUUCUAUAUUUAGGUAGAAACGCAUAAAGUAAGCUUUAAAUAUUCAAUAUUUCUGAAUAGUAAUUACAAUAAACUUUAUAUCAACAA